GUACGCGUCCUGUGCUUGUCAUUCCAGCGAUAUGCCAGGGGCGUUCUCACGACCCAGUCAUUUGCGCCUCACCUCUCCCUCGUUAAAUUUGUAGCUCUUCCCAAUCAACUGAUAUAUAUCCCUCACUCUAGCUAGCAAUUUCCUCUCAACCAAGUGUGGUUCUUGGUCUUCCUCAUCUUCACCCAGUGCUCCCUUGCUCUCAUCUCCGUCUCCUCCAUUGCGCUGCCUUGUUGGUGAUCUAUUUUCAUCCAACCUCCACUGAGUGCUCGCCCCUGCCAACUCACCGCCAGAGACCUUGGACACCCGUGGGAUCGAGUGAAGCGACCUCCACGUGGAGAGAGAGAGAGAGAGAGAGAGAGAGAGAGAGAGAGAGAGAGAGAGAGAGAGAGAGAGAGAGAGAGAGAGAGACUGCCGCGGCUGCUGUGUUGUCUCCUCCAUACCCAGGUCGGGUGCGGCGACCCUCACGCCUCUAGUGCGCCCCCGCUGUGUUCUGCUCCGCCGUGAAGCAUCAAGCUCAGUUCUAGAACACCUUCAAGACCUUUUUCAUCGGAUUGGUCCAGACAACUCGUCCUCCUGCUCUCAUGAAUAUUGUCACGGGUGCCAUGGGCAGCCUGAUCCCCAAGUUGGGCGAGCUGCUCAUGGAUGAAUACAAUCUGCACAAGAGCAUCAAGAAAGAUAUCGAGUUCCUCCGGAAGGAACUUCAGAGCAUGCACGCUGCUCUCACCAAGGUUGGUGAUGUGCCACGAGACCAGCUCGACAAGCAAGUCAAGCUCUGGGCCGAUGAGGUCAGAGACCUGUCAUACGACAUGGAGGACGUCAUCGACAAGUUCGUCGUACGUGUCGAUGGCAUUGAGCCUCACGAAAACACCAACAGAUUCAGCGGGCUUAUGGAGAAGAUGGUCGGCUUGUUCAAGAAAGGCAAGAAUCACCAUCGGAUAGCUGACGCCAUCAAGGAAAUCAAGGAGCAACUCCAUGAGGUGGCUGCUAGGCGUGACCGGAACAAGGUCGAUGGUAUUGCUCCAAAUCCAACAGAAGCAAUUGCUAUCGAUCCUUGUCUCCGUGCUCUGUACACAGAAGCAGCAGAGCUCGUUGGCAUCUAUGGGAAGAGGGAUCACGACCUCAUGAGUUUGCUCUCCAUGGAGGGCGAUGACAUAUCUAACAAGAGAAUAAAGAAGAUCUCCAUUGUUGGAUUUGGAGGAUUGGGCAAGACAACUCUUGCUAGAGCGGUGUACGAGAAGAUUAAAGGUGAUUUCAAUUGUCGGGCAUUUGUCCCCGUCGGUCAGAACCCUGACAUAAAGAAGGUUUUUAGGGAUAUCCUCAUUGAUCUCGGCAACCCUCAGUCAGAUCUUGCGAUAUUGGAUGAAAGACAGCUUAUCAACAAGCUUCAUGAAUUUGUUGAGAAUAAGAGGUAUCUCGUCGUAAUUGAUGAUAUAUGGGAUGAAAAAAUGUGCGAAGGCAUCAACUUGGCUUUCUCCAAUAGGAAUAAUCUAGGCAGUCGGCUAAUCAUAACAACCCGCAUUGUUAGUGUCUCCAAUUCAUGUUGCUCGUCUGCUAACAAUUCAAUUUAUCAAAUGGAACCACUUUCUGCUGAUGACUCCAGAAGGCUCUUCUAUAAAAGAAUAUUUCCAGCCAAUAGUGAAUAUCCAAAUGAAUUUGAACAAGUGUCUAAAGAUAUAUUGAAGAAAUGUGGUGGUGUACCGCUAGCCAUCAUUACUAUUGCUAGUGCUUUGGCUAAUGGCCAGCAUGUGAAACCAAAGCGUGAAUGGGAUAUUCUGCUCCAGUCCAUUGGCUCUGGAUUAACAAAAGAUAACAGUUUAGAGGAGAUGCGGAGAAUACUAUCUUUCAGCUAUUAUGAUCUACCCUCUUAUCUGAAAACUUGUUUGUUGUACCUAUGUAUAUAUCCAGAGGAUAGCAAGAUUUAUAGAGACACACUGAUAUGGAAGUGGGUGGCCGAAGGAUUUAUCCACCAUGGAAAGCAAGGGACUUGCCUGUUUUUGCUCGGAUUAAAUUACUUCAACCAACUCAUUAAUAAAAGUAUGAUCCAGCCAAUAUAUGAUGGUAUAGGACAGGUAUAUGCUUGCCGUGUACAUGAUAUUGUUCUGGACCUUAUCUGCAACUUGUCACAUGAAGCAAGGUUUGUUAAUAUAUUGGAUGGCACUGGGAAUAGCGUGUCUUCACAAAGUACUGUUCGCCUAUUGUCCCUUCAGAAUAGAAAUGAAGAUCACCAAGGCAUACCUCUCAGAUAUUUCACAGGUAUAUCACAUGUGAGGUCAAUUACUGUCUUUGAUCCUGCUAUUACUAUCAUGCCAGCCCUGUCAAGGUUUGAAGUUCUACGUGUACUUGAUUUGUCGUAUUGUAAUAUGGGGAAAAGUAGCAGCGUGCAGCUUAACCUCAAGGAUGUUGGGCAUUUAAUUCACCUAAGGUACCUAGGUCUAGCAGCUACUGGAAUCAAGGAACUUCCAGCUGAGAUAGGAAGCCUGCGGUUUCUGGAGGUGUUAGAUCUUCAAUACAAUGAUCAGCUACAGGUGUUGCCGUCGACUGUUUGGAGGUUGAGUAGAUUAAUCUGCCUACAUGUUGCUAAGUGUGAGGUUACUCCGGGUGUGUUGCAGAAUCUUACAUCCAUUGAAGUAUUGAAGGAGAUCCGGGCCUCUCAGAAUAUUAUUAUGCAAGAGCUUGGCAACCUAAAAAGGCUAAGGGAGCUUGAGAUCUACUUCAACGAUGGUAGUUUGGAUUUGUAUGAAGGUUUCGUGAAGUCUCUGUGCAACCUACAUGAUAUCGAACGCCUACAUAUUAAUUCCAAUCCGGGAGAAAUAUUUCUUGAACUGAUCGAUCUCUUCAGAGAACACUGGGUGCCUCCUGUACAUCUCCACGAAUUUGUCUCCCGCAUGCCCAGCCAACUCUCUGCACUGCGGGGGUGGAUAAAGAGAGACUCCUCGCAUCUAUCGAACCUCUCCGUGUUAAUCCUCUCCAAAGUGAAGGAAGUGCAGCCGGAGGACGUGGAAAUCAUUGGGGGCUUGCCGUCCCUUCGUUGUCUCCACAUAUGGAGCACCCACCAAACACAACGGCUGCUAGUCAUCCGUGCAGAAGGGUUCCGCUGUAUGGUAGACUUUUACUUGAAUUGUGGGUCGGCAGCGCAUAUAAUGUUUGAACCAGGAGCUUUGCCGAGGGCGGAACAAGUUUACUUCAGCCUGGGCGUGCGGGUGGCGAUAGAGGAUGGUAACUGCGGUUUUGACUUGGGCCUGCAGGGGAACCUGCUCUCCCUUCGGCGGGAUGUCAUUGUUUGGAUGUAUUGUGGUGGAGUGAAGGUUGGGGAGGCCAAGGAAGCGGAGGCUGUGGUGAGGCGCGCCCUCGACGCCCAUCCCAACCAUCCCAAGAUUUAUAUUGAUAUGCUCCCGUAUAUAGCCGAUGGUGCUCAUGAUGACAAUUUGUGUGAGGACGAGGAGAACUGAUUUCUGACGUAGGGCAUCAGGUGUGCUCUCGGUAGCAGGGGCGCACAGGUUACUGCUGGUCAGCCCGGAUCAUGCAAAGAACUGAAGGAUGAAGAAGUUCUGAGCUGGGCUGGAAGUUGUUGCUUUGAGAUGGCAGCCGUUUGUAGAAAGAGGUGUCGAAGUAAGGAUAUUGUAAUGGACUUCGGUGUUGCUUUGUUUUGCAUGUUGUUUUUUCUUUUCUUAUAAGCUGAACCCAACAAACCUGAAGGUGUAUUAUCAUAUUUGUAAUGACUGAAAUCGGAGGCUUCAUUGAGCUCCUUAGUUUAGGUGUGGGAUUUGUUACUUAAGAAAAUACUAAUUAUCAGUUAACUGAUUUUGAUUUGGAUCUAAA